ACAAGCAGUGAACACUUUGAAGUCAGCUGGAUAGUUGGACAGACGUCUAAGCCAACCACACUCAGCUCGGUCAAGAUGUCCAUCACAAAGAUCCACGCCCGUGAGAUCCUCGAUUCCAGAGGAAACCCCACUGUGGAGGUGGACCUCUACACAGCCAAAGGACGCUUUAGGGCUGCUGUGCCCAGCGGUGCAUCCACAGGUGUCCAUGAGGCUCUGGAGCUGAGAGACGGUGACAAGUCUCGUUACCUGGGCAAAGGUACACUGAAAGCUGUUGAUCAUGUCAACAAGGAUAUUGCCCCAAAGCUUAUUGAGAAGAAGCUGAGUGUGGUUGAGCAGGAGAAGAUCGACCAGUUCAUGCUGGAGCUGGACGGAACUGAGAACAAGUCUAAGUUUGGUGCCAAUGCCAUCCUGGGCGUUUCUCUGGCUGUGUGCAAGGCUGGCGCGGCAGAGAAGGGUGUGCCUCUGUACCGCCACAUCGCUGACCUUGCUGGGCACAAAGACGUGAUCCUGCCCGUGCCUGCCUUCAAUGUCAUUAAUGGUGGAUCCCAUGCUGGGAACAAGCUGGCCAUGCAGGAGUUCAUGAUCCUGCCUGUUGGUGCUGCCAACUUCCAUGAGGCCAUGCGCAUUGGUGCCGAGGUCUACCACAACCUGAAGUCUGUCAUCAAGGGAAAAUAUGGCAAGGAUGCCACCAAUGUGGGAGAUGAGGGUGGCUUUGCCCCCAACAUCCUGGAGAACAAUGAGGCCCUGGAGCUGUUGAAGUCUGCCAUCGAGAAGGCCGGAUAUCCCGACAAGAUCAUCAUUGGUAUGGAUGUCGCUGCAUCUGAGUUCUACAGAAGUGGCAAAUAUGACUUGGACUUCAAGUCCCCCGAUGACCCUGCCCGCCACAUCUCAGGGGAAAAGUUGGGAGACUUGUACAAGAGCUUCAUCAAGAACUAUCCAGUGCAGUCCAUCGAAGACCCCUUUGACCAGGAUGACUGGGAAGAAUGGGGCAAGUUCACAGGCGCUGUGGACAUCCAGGUGGUGGGAGAUGACUUGACUGUGACCAACCCCAAGCGCAUCCAGCAGGCUGUGGAGAAGAAGGCCUGCAACUGCCUGCUGCUCAAGGUCAACCAGAUUGGCUCUGUCACAGAAUCCAUCAAGGCGUGCAAGCUGGCCCAGACCAAUGGCUGGGGAGUAAUGGUCAGCCACCGUUCUGGAGAGACAGAAGAUACCUUUAUCGCUGACCUGGUCGUUGGAUUGUGCACAGGACAGAUCAAGACUGGUGCACCAUGCAGGUCAGAGCGACUGGCAAAAUACAACCAGUUGAUGAGAAUUGAGGAGGAGCUUGGAGACAAAGCCAAGUUUGCUGGAAAAGAUUUCCGUCAUCCCAAGAUCAAUUAAACAACUGGCCCCUUCUCCCCAGUUCUCCUCAUCUACAAUGGCUGUCCACCUCCUUCCUCCCUUUCCCUCAGACUCCCUCAUCUUCAAAUGAAACAGGGGAUAGAGGGCAAGGAGGACUGGGAAGGUCAAGAAAUUAGCCAUCACUCUGAUUUGAAGAAAUUCCAUUUUCCACUUGUUGCCUUGAGCUGUAUUACCAGAGGUGCUGUUGAUGCAACACAAAAUAAAAACAUCCCUGUUUAUA